AUGUCUCUCCGUCAGCAGAGAGGACGAUACAAGGCUUCACUCACGAAGACUUGGAAGGCAAUAGAGCAGAAUGAUUUCGACGAAGCUCAACUCAGGGAAAAGUUGAAAUAUGCUCAGGAGAGUCACAAGAACAUUCUUGCUCUCCACAACCAAAUCGUGGAAUCUCUCAAAGAUGAAGCGAGCAAAGCAGAGGAAGACGACUGGCUAGACGAUUACAAGGAUUUCAUGUCCACACUCCAUACAUUAAUCCAGAAGAAGCUUCAUGCAGUCACUACUCCCAAGUCGCAAUCAGCUGGUACUUCAGCACAGCCGCAGCAGGAUCAAGUAGGAGCACUCAUGUCUCUUGUGGAUAAGCUCUCGUCUCAGCAUGCCGACAUGGUACAAAAACAGACAGAGCUCAUGGAGAAAGUUUUGUCUAAGCGAGCAUCCAGCAAUGACAAGUUGCCUUCCCUCGACAUUCCGAAAUUCGAUGGUUCCUACAGGACAUGGGUUUCAUUUCGUGAUUUGUACACAGCUUCAAUUCACAACAACGAUUCACUGAAGCCCUCACAAAAGCUUCAGUACCUUCAGGGGCUACUUACCAAACAAGCAGCUUCCGCAAUUCGCAAUAUCACAGUCUCUGAUGCGAAUUAUGAGAAAGCUUGGGCUGUUCUCACAAACAGAUUUGAGAAACGUCACUGCAUCGUCUCUGAUCACAUCCAGACGUUCUUGUCGAUUCCAAAAAUCACUCAUCCUGACAAGACUAACGUCAGAGAAGCAUUCUCUAUAGCUACGGAAGUCACCCAAGCCUUGGACGCUCUAAAAUGCACCAGCAAAGAUCCUUGGUUGAUUCAUCUCCUCAAUGAACGCAUGGACUCUGAGACACGCAAUCAGUGGGCUGACAAGCGAAGUUCGGUGGAUCCCACUUGGCAGGAUUAUCUGGAUUUCCUGGAAAAACGUUGUGACAUCAUAGAUGAAUGCAGCAGCUCCAAGAAUCCCUCUUCUUCGAAGGCAGAUUCACGACCUGGGAAUAACACGAAGAAAAAAACAGCACUUGUGGCCACUGAAGCUAAUCGAUGCAAGUGUUGCAAUGGAUCUCAGCAUCCACUCUACAAAUGCCAGAUUUUCACCCAGAAGUCUCCCUCAGAUCGCCUCAAGGUGGUCAAGAAUUCUGGAUUGUGCUGGAAUUGUUUGUCCUCAUCUCAUGAGACGUCAAAUUGCACUUCCACACACACAUGCAAACAAUGCCAUGCCAGUCACAAUACUCUCUUGCAUGCAGCAUGUGUCACCCGGAGCAACAUAACCUCGAAUUCCUCUGCGAGUCAAAACACUGAUGACAUCCCCGGAGCAAAUAGCUCCUCUGAUACUCCUCAGCCUGCUUUUGAGUUCUUCAAGAGAUCUUCAAAUAUUGUUGCUCCAACCUCUGUGAACAUUUCAUCCGCAAAAUCCUCGGUGAAGGUUUUUCUUGCCACUUGUUCUGUGAAUGUUUUUGAUGCUCAUCGAAAUGUUCACCGAUGCCGUGCUGUCCUUGACAAUGGGGCACAGCAAUCUAUGAUCACUGAAUCUCUUAGGGAUCGUCUCCAGCUCCAGAGGUGUCAAGACAACACUGUGAUUAUGGGUGUCAGCGGAAAAUGUUCCAAGGUGAAAGGUCGUACGACUCUUCUUGCACAAUCUGCUUCUGCAGAAGAUAUUUUCGAGUUCAAUUGCCUAAUUAUGCCCCAAGUGACGGGAAAUCUUCCUAAUUUCUCUGUCAAUCCAUCUUCCAUUCCCAUUCCCCCUGAGAUUCAGCUUUCUGACCCAAACUGGUGUAGAAGUUCUCAAGUGGAUUUGCUCAUUGGGAUGGACUAUUUCAAUGAUGUUCUUCAGGAUGGAAUUAUCCGUCUUGGCCCUCAGCAGCCAGUGCUACGGGAGACUGUGUUCGGAUGGAUUCUUUCCGGAGUACUUCACGAGCCAAUUCACACUUCACUACCUCAGGUGCAGUGCAAUCUUUCCACUAUCUCCUCUCUUGAGAACACUCUCAAGAAAUUUUGGGAGGUAGAAGAGGUGGAAACAGUGAAACCUCAAACCAUUGAGAGUGCCGAGGUUGAACAGCAUUUUGUCGAUACUCACUCCAGAGAUGAAAAAGGCCGUUUCAUUGUCCAUUUGCCCCUCAAAUCUACUCACACUGAAUUGGGUUAUUCUCGAGGACGUGCAAUUCGUCAAUUGAAGCAGCUGGAGGUGCAGCUCGACAAAAACCCAGAAAUGCGUACUCUCUACAAUAAUUCCAUGCAGGAAUAUCUUGACAAGGGGUACAUGAAUGAAGUCUUCUACAAGAAGGAUGAUGAAAAUCAUUUUUACUUGCCUCAUCAUGGUGUUUGGAAACCAUCCUCCACCACAACAAAACUCAGGGUCGUCUUCAACGCCAGCGCGAAGACUUCCAGUAGUAUCAGCCUGAACGAUGUGUUGAAGAUUGGUGCUACUGUGCAGCCUGAAUUGGUCACUAUCCUCCUCAGAUUCCGCAUGCAUCCGUAUGCAAUGAGUUGUGACGUGACCAAGAUGUACUUACAAGUAAAACUUCAUCCUCCCCAUGCUGAUUUCCAGAGAAUUGUGUGGAGAUCUUCAAGUGACAUGCCUCUUCAAGAUUACAAAAUCAACAGGGUGUGUUUCGGAGUAGCUUCCAGUCCUUUCCUGGCUACCCGCGUUCUCAACGAACUAGCCACAGUCGAGCAAAACCAAUUUCCCUUGGGAUCACAGGUCGUUAAGAAUUGCUUCUACAUCGAUGACGGACUUAUCUCCUGCGAUUCCCUCGAAGUGGCUCAACAAACACAGAAUCAACUGAUUCAACUCAUGCAGUGUGGUGGUUUCUCUCUAGCAAAAUGGAGCGCCAAUCAUCCCUCUUUGUUGGAAAACAUCACAAAUCCAUCUUCAGAGGCCAAGCAAAUCUCCAUCAGUGAUGAUUCAGUCUCUGUACUCGGACUCAAGUGGAACCCACAAGGUGAUUCUUUUCAGUUUGUGAUUCCUCCAAACUUUGCAGUCCCCCUGGCCACUCGAACUAGCAUCACAUCAGCAGUGGCUCGCAUAUUCGAUCCUCUUGGUUUGUUGGGACCUAUCAUCACGAUAGGAAAGAUUCUCAUCCAAGCAUCAUGGACUGAAGGCCUGGAUUGGACAACACCAUUGCCACCAGAACUUCAGGAGAAGUGGACAAAGUUCAUUAAUACAUUGCCACAACUCAACGAGAUUAUCAUUCCGAGAUGGGCCUCAAACAUUCCAAAUCCAACUUCUGCAGUUAUCCAUGGAUUCGCUGAUGCCAGCAAAUCAGCAUACGGAGCAGCAGUCUAUCUGGUGACAGAUGAUGGUCAAUCCUUUUCGUCUCAUCUACUGAUCUCCAAGUCCCGUGUCGCUCCCACCAAAAAUCCACUUACAAUUCCGAAACUGGAGUUGUGUGCUGCAGAAUUGUGCGCAAAUUUGGUGUCUCGUGUCCAGAGAGACCUCAGCAUCUCACAAGCUUUUCUAUGGAGCGAUUCUACAAUUGUUCUUGCUUGGAUCGAGUCACCACCUUCUCAAAAACAUGAAGUCUUUGUCAACAAUCGCCUGAAAAGGAUUCGUAAAGUCUCAUCAGCUUCUCAGUGGGCUCAUGUCUCUUCCGAAGACAACCCUGCGGAUCUUAUUUCACGUGGAUGUACGCCAGAGACACUUCUACAGUCUGAUUUGUGGUUCUGUGGACCUUCAUGGCUAGGUCUCCACCCCAGCCACUAUCUUCAUCAAUCAGACACCACAGCCCCGGAGCAGAGCUCCGAAAUCACGGUCAAUCUUGCCGUUCCAAAGCCAAAGUCACUUCUUCAGAGACUUUUGGGCCGUUGUUCGAGGAUUUUCCGAUUGGAAGGUAUCAUUGCUCAAUGUCUUCGAUUCCUGGCUCCAUCAUCUCAUCGAGCAAAGGGUCCACUCACGGUCUCCGAGCUUGACAAAGCUCUACUUCAUCUUAUCCGUCUAGAUCAGCAAGAACAUUUCGGUGUUCUUAUCAAUUCUCUCAAGAAAGGUGAUUUUCACACCAACAAACAUUGCAAGAGUUUUGCAAACUUGCAACCGUUUCUGGAUUCCACCGGACUCAUCAGAGUCGGAGGACGUCUUCAGCAUUCACCUUUCUCAUACGAUGCAAAACAUCCGAUACUUCUGGCUAACAGUGCACUUACAAAGUUGAUUGCAGAGAGAGAGCACUCGCGAAAUCUCCAUUGUGGUCCACAAGCACUUCUCGCAGCUAUGCGACAGAGAUUUUGGCCAAUCCGAGGACGACAUCUCGUCAGAGGUAUCUACCGCAAAUGUAUCCGGUGCUUCAGGUUCCAGCCAAGACUCCAACAGCAGAUCAUGGGCCAGCUACCUGAACAUAGGACUACAUUUUCCAAGCCCUUUACUGCUACAUCUGUGGAUUUUGCAGGCCCCCUGCAGAUGCGCCCACACUUGAAGCGAGGAGGCACAACUUCCAAGGUCUGGAUAGCCAUCUUUGUGUGCCACAUCACGAAGGCCAUGCACAUAGAGUUGGUGAGCAAUCUCUCAACAGAGGCUUUUGUGGCUGCCUUUAGAAGGUUUGUCGCACGCAGAUCUGCUCCUCAGCAUCUCUAUUUGGACAACGCGACCAAUUUCACUGGUACAUCCAACGAGCUCUCGAGGCUUUUGGCACAAGAGUCUUCGCAGCGUGCUCUUCAUGAUGGUCUCCUGGGACAAAGAGUGCAGUUCCACUUUCAACCUCCCGAGGGUCCACAUCACAAUGGCCUCGUAGAAGCCGCUGUCAAAUCAGUGAAGAUUCAUCUUUCCAAGAUUGUGGGUUCCUGUCCACUCACAUUUGAGGAACUCCAGACUGUGUUAACACAGAUUGAAGCAGUGCUUAAUAGUAGGCCUAUUAUGCCACUGUCUUCGGACCCGUCAGAUCCUCCACAUCUCACCCCUGGCCACUUCUUAACUGGUGGUCCCCUGAUAGCUCUUCCGGAUCCUAGCCUGGAGUCCAUUCCCAUGAACAGGCUCUCCAGAUGGCAACUCUGUCAGCGCCUAUCUCAGCAAUUUGCUGCAAGGUGGAAGAGAGACUACGUUCACUAUCUCCAGGAACGUACUAGGUGGAAAUCAAUUUCGCCCAACGUGAAGGUAGGAGAUCUGGCUCUUCUUGCCAAAGACAACGUUCCGAGCAUUCAAUGGCAAUUAGGAGAAAUUGUCAACGUGUGUCCUGGACCAGACAAUCAUGUCAGAGUCGUCGAUAUUCGCACAAGGAGUGGAGUUUAUCGUCGGCCAGUUACGAAAAUUGCUCUCUUGCCCAUGGAGCAAGAGACCCCGGAGGAUGUUGGAGCCCAGACUCCAACUGACACGGAGUUUAAAAAUCACAACUUGUGCUAA